UUUCUUUUCUUUCUCUGGUCGCAGGAGAUAUGGGCGACCUAGAUGGAGCACCAACACAAGCCGAGAUCAAUGCUCAGCUGUUAGGCAACCAUGCUGAACUCCAAGCCACACUGGCCACGGUGACUGAGCAGCUGGCUCAGAUAACAGGGAGAAACCGAGCUAAUGCUCCACAGCCAAGGAGGAGAAACCAACCCAUUCCAGAAGAGCAACAAUCCCAAUCCAGUGAGGACAACUCGGACACUGACCGUACCGAACCGGAUGAGCCGCGGUACGAACGGGCUGGGCGUGGGAACCGGCGGGAGUAUCGGGUCCAAGGCGAUGGAAGCCCGAUCCGUAGGAGAUUCCGAGAUGAAGAGGUCGCCUGGCAAGGAGGCAAGGAUCUCAAACUUACUCCUCCGACCUUUGCUGGAAAGGUAGAGCCGGACGCUUACAUCGAAUGGGAGAAGCGCAUGGAGUACAUCUUUGAGUACUACCACUAUACCGAGGCCAAAAAGAUCGCCCUAGCCGCAGCACAGCUGACGGACAAUGCCCUAACUUGGUGGGACAGGGAAGUAGCCGAGGUUGGCAGGGUCUAUAGGAUCGAGACUUGGAAUGAGAUGCGAGCUAAACUCCGAGCAAGGUAUAUUUCCUCUUACUAUCAGCGGGACUUACUAAAACGUUUUCGCAAGUUGUCUCAGGGUACUAGGACCGUGGAGGAAUACUUUGAAGAGUUCGAGGCUCUCAAGAACAAGCUCAGGACGCGCGAAACCGAAGAAGUUAUGAUGGCACAGUUCUUGGAAGGUCUUCAAGACCGCAUCGCUCGCAAGGUGGAGAGGCAGACUUACGUCAACUUCAACGAUCUCCUCCACUAUGCCGUCCUGGCCGAGCAGCACAUUAGGAGGAAGAACGCCUCUAGUGCCAGGAACAAGACGCCAUGGGCUCCAUCCGGAUCCAAAGGAGAUGAGAAAAACAAGUCCGUUGAAGUGGACAGCCGGUUCAAGAAGAAUCAAUCUGACCAGUCCAAGCCAUGCUCAUCCGAACCAGGUAAGGGACCAACUCCAGCCCAAAGAACCCGUGAUAUUACCUGUUACAAAUGUCAGGGAAAGGGGCACUACUCCAGGGACUGUCCGAACAAGCGUGUCAUGAUCCUUAAGGCACCAGGACCAGGUGAAGUGUGAUGUGGUUCCUAUGCAAGCCGGACAUCUGCUGUUAGGGAGGCCUUGGCAGUUUGACAAGGAUACCAUUCACCAUGGAAGGACUAACACCUACAGUUUCACCCACAACAACAAGAAGCACAGCCUGGCUCCUCUCAGCCCCCAAGAGGUCUACGAAAUGCAGAGAGCCAUGGACCAGUCUGGGCUGUUUAGUAAAACUAACCUAUUAAUCUCUUCUAGUAAAGUGAUUAAGUCAUUACAGCAAGAUACACAGGUGCUACUGAUUGGUCUUCAAGGAAGGUUGUUUUGCAGGUUUUGAGGCACCAGAUUGCCCAGCUCAGAUGCAUGUGCUAAUGGACAAGUACAAGG